AUGGCGGGAUGGGGGUGCCGCUCCUGCUGUGCUUGGAACCGCGGGGCCAAGGCGAAGUGCUACCACUGCAGCGCCCCCAAUCCUGGGCUCCCAGGGUUCAGCGGAGGCCCAGGGCCUGGGCGCCGCGGCGCCCCUCGCGGGGCAUGGGCCUGGGGCCCUGGCAAGGCCGCUGCUCCGCCCUGGCGCCGCCAGCCUGCCGCCCCGCCGGCGCCCGCCGUGCUCGACGACCAGCAGCUGGAGUGCUGGGUGGCCAUGGAGGAUGAGAAGUUCGCGCAGCUCGCGUCUGUCCUCGGCCAGUCCCUGCGCGACAGGAUCACGCAUCGGCGCCGCCUGCGCGCUGCUGGCGCGGAGAACCCCCGCGGCAAGGACCUUCCGCAGCCCGUGGUCAAGGCGCAGCGCGCGGCCCUCCAGGCGACCCAGCGCCUCGAGCGGGCUCAGCAGGCGGCCCUGGAGGCGGCUGAGGAGCUCGAGGCGGCCGAGGCGCAGCUCGUCGCGGCUCGAGUCGACCUGGAGCAUGCGAAGCAGGACGCCGCCGCGGACACCGCUGGCGGGGACCAAGGGGGACCUCCUGUCUCGGCGUCGACGUGGGACGACCUCGGGAAGCUUGCGGGCCUCGUCAACCAGCUCGCGGCCACCUACGAGGACCAGUUGGCCCAGGUGGCGGCAGGCAACAAGCCGCCCGACAGGCCGCCGAUGGAGGGCUGCCUGGGGGCCCGCCAGCUGACGUCGCCAUGGGAGCUGCACCUGCCGGAGGAUGCGCUGACACCGCGCAGCGGCUUCGGGACAAAGCAGCGGCUGCAGAACGACUACGGCGAGACGUCAGGAACGGGACCAGCCCGUACUAAGGCCAGGAUGUUCUUCGGGAAUAUCACCCAGUACGGUCCGACAGCCCGCAGGUUCCUGGAGGGACACGGAGCGGGCUUCGACGUCGUAGCGGCUGGUCGGCCGCCCCCUUUCUUCGGCAUCGUCCCAAUGGUGCGGCACCUGCUGCAAGGCAACGUCCUCGCCGUGGUGGCGCAUCUGGCGUCGGGGCUUCGGUUUCGCGGAGCCAACCAUCAGCGGCUCGCCUCGCUGGCGGCCUUCCUCUCGCUCAUGAAGGACCCCUUCGUGAUCGUUGGCGAUUGGAACGUUGAGCCGACGGAUUGGGGCAAGACGGAGCGGUUGCAGCGGCUCGGGGCCACCGUCGCGGCGCCAGCGAACGUGCGCACGACGUGCGACAAGGGCAAGGGCAAGCUGUACGACUACGUGCUCGCCUCGUCGGGGUACGCCGAGCACGUCAACGCGGUCGCGGAGCCCUCCGCGCCGCGGCGCACGCACUGCGGGCUGGUCAUCGAGCUCACGUCCAGCAACCGCCGCUGGUACCACCAGGCGCUGGCGCUGCCCUCAGCGCUGCCCCUUCGAUGCCCUCCGAAGGUCGCUGCUGGCCCCGGCAGCCGCAGGCAACGCAGGCUUGCAGUGCAGGCCAGCAAGCGGCGCGAGGCGUUGCCAGAGGAGCUGCGGCAGUCCCACGACGCGCUUCUGUCGGAGGCCGACGGGCCUGGCGGGCCAGCUGCUGCAGGCGACAUCGUGCACGCCCCGUUCCCGCUGCCCGACUACACGGCCCCGUGGACUGGGAGGUGGUGCAGCGCUGGUGGCGGCGCUUGGAGUGUUGCCCAGUGCUGCGGAGACGCGCCCUCCGCGGCAACCGCCCCCGUUGCGGUACGGCGUACGUCCAUGGACGGCGACGUGGAUCCCAUGGAUGCGCUGCCAGACGAGUACGACGGCGGCUUCGUUGAGCCUCCCGAGCACGACCCAGCCCCUUGCGGCCCAGUGGCGGAUGCGAAGUCGGCCAUGUCGCUCGACACCGAGUGCGCUGCCGCCGUGCAGGCUCAGAAGCCCAGCAGCCAGCGGCCCGCCGACCAGGACCACUUCCUGUUCGCGCGAGUGCCGCUCUCCACUGACCGCGUCUUGCAGGUCUACGCGCAGUGGGUUGGUACCCUCGAGGAGGCGCUGAUUCAGACGGAGCAGGUCGCAGGUCGCAGUGCGGACACUAUGCGAGGGCGUGGUCAGGGCUAUCGCAUCGAGGAGCGCAGGAUGAAGAGCACCCCUGGCCGCGCCCACCUGCUGGACCCCGUGCUGGAGGGUUGGCAGACGCUGUGCACCUUGCUGGUCCGCCUCGUCGCGCUGCUGACUAACGG